AUGACGGAAAAGGAACUGGAAAAGGAGCGCAAGAAGGCAGCGAAACUGGCCAAGUUCCAUCUGAAGAAAGCCGCCCAGCUGGAAGCUCAGGAAGCCGCCGCCAAUGCGAACACGACAAAAGACAAGAAGGAGAAACAAAAGGUUGAGGCAGAGGUGCUGCCCCCUUUCUUUGAGGACACGCCAGCAGGAGAGAAGAAGCGGCUUAAGCCGUUCGACGACCCGUAUUAUGCCUCGUACCACCCUGUCGCUGUGGAGUCGGCAUGGUAUGCGUGGUGGGAGAAGGAGGGUUUCUUCCAGCCACAAUUCACGCCGGAGGGGAACGUCAAGCCCGAGGGCAGCUUCGUCAUUAUGGUGCCGCCUCCAAACGUCACUGGUGCCUUGCACAUGGGCCACGCCUUGGGCAACUCACUGCAAGACCUCUUGAUCCGCUACAACCGGCAAAAAGGCAAAACCGCAUUGUGGUUACCCGGCUGCGACCAUGCUGGCAUUGCGACCCAGAGCGUGGUUGAGAAGAUGCUGAUGAAGCGGAAGAAACAGACCAGACGUGAUCUUGGCCGCGAAAAGUUCGUCGCCCUCGCACAGGACUGGAAGGAGGAAUAUCAUCAGAAGAUCAACAAUGCAUUCAGAAGAAUGGGGUCCAGUCUUGAUUGGACCCGAGAGGCGUUUACAAUGGAUGAGAACUUCUCAGCAGCUGUCACCGAGGUUUUCGUCAGAUUCCACGAAGAGGGCAUCAUCUACAGAGCAAAUCGUCUCGUCAACUGGGACUCCACCUUGAUGACCGCCCUCAGCAAUCUCGAGGUCGACAACGAGCCCUUGACGGGACGGACACUCCUUGAUGUCCCGGGCUAUGACAGAAAGGUGGAGUUCGGUAUCAUUGUGCAUUUCAAGUACCCCAUCGAGGAUUCAGAUGAGACGAUUGAGGUUGCCACAACCCGCCCCGAAACCAUGCUGGGGGACACCGGCAUCGCCGUGCACCCCAACGAUCCCAGGUACACCCAUCUCGUGGGAAAGUUCGCUGUUCAUCCAUUCAUCGAAGGCCGGAGACUCCGAAUUGUCGCGGACACAUACGCCAAGCGCGAGUUCGGUACAGGCGCCGUCAAGCUGACCCCGGCGCAUGACCCCAAUGACUUCAACGUGGGCAUGGCCCACCAGCUCGAAUUCAUCAACAUCUUCACCGAUGAAGGCCUCAUCAACGAGAACGGCGGUCCGUACCAGGGCCAGAAGCGAUUUGACGUCCGGUACGCGAUCCAGGAGGAUCUGAAGAAACUCGGCCUCUAUGUGGACAAGAAGGACAACCCCAUGAAGGUGCCGAGGUCAGAGAGAACGAGGGACAUUAUCGAGCCCAUCAUGAAGCCGCAGUGGUGGGUUAAGAUGGCGGACCUUGCCGAGCCCGCCAUCAGGGCGGUUCAAAAUGGUGAUAUCAAGAUCAAGCCCGAAUCGGCCGAGAAGAGCUAUCUUCACUGGAUGGCGGGCAUUAACGACUGGUGCAUCUCGAGACAGCUGUGGUGGGGACAUCAGUGUCCUGUGUACCAAGUUCGCUUUGAAGGAGAGGGGGACACCCAUCCUGAGGCGAACGACAGGUGGUUUGCGGGACGAACUGAAGAAGAAGCACUCACCAAAGCAAGGAACGCAUUCCCGGACAGGAAGUUCAAGCUGGUUCGAGACGAGGAUGUCCUCGAUACCUGGUUCAGCGCGGGCCUCUGGCCAUUCGCAACCCUUGGCUGGCCCAUGGACGCCCCUGACCUGUCUCGUCUGUUCCCGACCAGCCUCCUUGAAACUGGAUGGGAUAUCAUUCCCUUCUGGGUUGCCCGCAUGAUCUUCCUCAGCCUGAAACUCACUGGCAAGGUGCCAUUUUCCGAGGUUUUCUGUCAUUCUUUGAUUCGUGACUCGGACGGACGAAAGAUGAGUAAAUCCCUUGGCAAUGUCAUCGAUCCGUUGGACGUCAUUCGCGGCAUUGAGCUCCAUUCCCUCCACAACAAGCUGCUCACCGGUAACCUCGCUUCCGCUGAAGUCGAAAAGGCCACCAGGUACCAAAAGACUGCUUUCCCGCAGGGCAUUCCGGAAUGCGGCGCAGACGCUCUUCGAUUCUCUCUCAUCGCCUACACCACGGGCGGCGGUGACAUCAACUUCGAUGUCAAGGUCAUCCACGGCUACCGGCGCUUCUGCAACAAGAUAUGGAAUGCCAGCAAGUAUGUCCUCGCCAAGCUUGGGACUGCCCAAGGCUUUGUGCCUGCGAAGCAGCGGGCGCUUGGCGGAAACGAGUCCCUGGCCGAGCUCUGGAUCCUCCACAAGAUGAAUGCGGCUGUCAAGGGCGUCUCCGACGCUCUGGAGCAAAGAGAUUUCAUGAAGAGUGCCAAUCUUAUUUACGCCUUUUGGUACUAUCAACUGUGCGAUGUCUUCAUCGAGAACUCCAAGGCUCUGAUCCAGGAAGGCACUGAAACUCAAAUUCACUCUGCACUUCAGACCCUUUACUCGGCUCUGGACGGGGCUCUAGUCCUCUCGCACCCCUUCCUCCCCUUCAUCACUGAAGAACUGUGGCAGCGACUGCCCAGACGGCCCGGUAACGAAACGAGGAGCAUCAUGCUGGCCAAGUACCCCGAAUGGGACCAGCAGUUCGAUAAGCCCGAAGCUGAAGCCGCUUACGACAUUGUCCUGGGCUGCUCCAAGGGUAUCCGGUCCCUGAUGGCCGAGUACGCACCGACCAAGGACGUUGAGGCCAAGAUCUUCAUCCAGGGCCAUGAUGAGGCGUCCUACAAGACCGUGUCCGAGGAGAAGUCGUCGAUCCGCUCCCUCAGCGGCAAGGGAGCCAUGAUCAUUGAGAUCAUCUCGCCGGACCAUUCCCGCCCGGCCGGCUGUGUCGCGUUCCCCGUGUCUAGCGCCGUCUCUGUGUUCAUCCACGUCAAGGGUCGCGUGGACCUGGACGAGGAGAUUGCUAAAGCCACAAAGAAGUUGGAGAAAGCGCGCGCCGCGGUCCAGAAGCAGCGGAAGCUUGUCAAUGACCCGCAGUACGCCGAGAAGGUGGCCGUCGCAACGCAGGAGUUCGAGAGGAAGAAGCUUACUGAUAUGGAGAGCGAGGCGAGGGGCUUUGAGACCACUAUUGAGCAGUUCAGGCAGCUGAAGCUCGAGUGA